AUGUUCCACUUGGACAGCAAUGAUGGAACACUCACUCUGACAUCUCCACUCUCUUCUGAUGCUGAAUAUCUACUUACCGUAACAGCAAGCGAUCAUGGGCUACUUUCACUGUCGACAUCAAUCCCGGUUAGGGUCAAAGCUACUGUAGUCGAAGCUCAACAGCGUCCGCAGUUUCCAGCCACUGCUUACGACUUCCUCGUUUCUGAAUCUUGGAUACCUCACAUCCCAUUCGCCAAUGUUUCCAUUGGCAAUGAACCGUACUUCUACCGUAUCUUGGAUUCAAAGGCUGCUGAAGUGCUCGACAUUGAUAACUUUGGUCGAAUGUCUUUAAGGGCUGCCCUGGAUAGGGAAACAAGAGAUCAGUACAGCUUUAUCGUCGACGUCGGCACUCAUCCAGUUACUUACCGCCAAAACUCCACCGCCACCGUAACUAUUCGAGUAACGGACACCAAUGACAACACGCCCGUCUUCAGCCCUUUAAGCUCAGAAAUAAGUCUCCGAGAUGGGCUGAACAGUGGAGAAGUGCUGAAGAGAUUUGUGGCUACGGAUGCAGACGACGGCGAAAACGGUCGCCUGCAAACCUGGUCAGGUUCAGCACCUUUCUUUGUGAUUCCCGCUUACGUUGUGCCUAUUCUGGAAACAACCAGCAUUGACAGCAUCGUAUUUACUGCUCAUGCUACCAAUCGCUUCGGGAUUCCUAUGAAAGUGCGUUAUGAUUUGAAGGAUAACGAUCAAACUUUCUCUAUAAAUCCUGCCAGUGGCGUUGUGCACCUGAAGCGCGACUUGGACUACGAGACCAGGAUUUCAUAUAAAAUGUCACUCCUUGCUUCAGACGAAAAUGUAAGAAUUCUACUUCAUUAUGCUAUAAUGCUCGAUCUUGUGAAUAAGGGAAGAUCCGCGGUUGUAUCACUGGAGUUUCUCGUACUACCUGUUGAUGAACAUCCGCCUGUCUUCUCACAAUCAAGCUACACAUUUCAAGUCCCACUUGACGCUGACAUCGGGGCUAUCAUUGGAGAAGUCCGAGCUGUUGAUGCGGAUGGAGGUGUGCAUGGUGUGCCGUUAUACCGUAUUGAACCAAAUAAUGCUCUUGUGAUGGUUGAGGAAAAGAGCGGUUUGUUGAGUUUGCGAAGCAGGCCAGACAAACGGCGGAAUCACACCAUAGAGCAGAUCAAUGUAAUUGCUUCAAGUAGCGAUACGCAGCAGACAAAAGCGACAGUGUAUCUAGCAAAUGGAGAUUAUCCCUUGCAUGCUGCCACUUCGACAUUUUCGUCAAAUAUCUUCAAGAUUGGAGCUAUAGCUACGGCUGUCUUGUUUGUGCUCAUGAUUUGUUUGCUGGGAUGUUGCUUAUUCGGCUAUAAGCGCUCAAAGCCUAAGGAAGUGGUCUAUUCUAUAAGCAAAAGCCGAGCCAAGGAGAGAAGAGAAAGCAGUGGAAUCGCUCGUAUGGCUUGUUCGCCAAAACCAGCAAUGCCAAGCAAUAUCCCGCUACCGAACCCAUCAAUGUCUUCAUCAGCAUCCUCAAACUCGGGAUUGCGAAACUCUCUUCUUUCUCAUCGUGAAGCGGCAUCAACCCGGUCGCAGCCUGACUCAGGCAUCGAUCAGGAUACUGUGUCCGUAAACAGCUCGGUAACGGAGUAUCUGAUUUCUAUAGGGGUAAAUCCAAAUCCGCUUCAAACACGCCCAAGGUAUCGGCGACCUGAAACGAUUGACUCUGCUCUAAAUGAUUACAUUUAUGCUAGAGUUGAAGAUAUACUUCCUCCAGGACCGGUCAGCUUAUCAGAAAACGUGGAACAACUUGAAGGUCCAUACAAGUACACUCAGUCUCGGCAUCCAGCUCCCACAUUUCAACCUCUUACCGAGAUCUUCGAUGAGCUUGAAGAGAUUCAGAGGGAGCAGGGAAAAAAAGCGAGGAAGAGAAUAUAUACAAGUGGAAAUCUAGGUCGCUGCCGAUUGUCUGCCUCAACGCUCAAGUUCGUUUUUGGUUUCUGCCCAUGA